GCGAGCCUGAGCUCCUUGGUCAGUAGUUGAGCAGAUGAAGUCGUUAAAGAAGAGAAGUCGGACCUGUAAACACCGAACAUCGUGAACCCAGCACCAGAGGCCCAGCACAGGCCCAGCAGAGGCCGCUAGAGGAGACCAGCCGCGGGCCGGGACCAGGUAGAUGCUGUGGUCAUGGCUGAGCGACAGGUGGAGUGUACGUGGAAGAGACACGUCUCCGAGCAGCUGAAGCUCAGAGACCGAGUUCAGAGACAGGCCUUCGAGGAGAUCAUCCACCAGUAUACCAGACUGCUGGAGAAGUCAGACCUGCAGGCUGUCCUAUCAGAGAGAUAUCAGACAGACAAGUAUGACGUCCAGCGGGGACACGAGACCAGUUCGGGUGCAGACUCGAGUCGCACCGAUGCCCUGCAGCAGGAAAUGUCUCAGAUGAGAAUCCGACACCAGGAGGAGCUGACGGAGCUGCACAAGAAACGGGGAGAGCUGGCUCAGAGUGUGAUCGAACUGAACAACCAGAUUCAAAUGAAGGACAAAGAGAUCCAGAGCAACGAGGCCAAGAUGUUGGAGUACCAGCAGCAGAUGGCCGGUCUGGAGGGAGACUGUCGGGAGCUGAGGAACUUCCUGCAGGACCUGGAGAGAGCCAAUCAGACGCUGAAGGACGAGUACGACGCGCUGCAGAUCACCUUCUCUGCUCUGGAGGAGAAGCUGCGGAAAACCACUGAGGACAACCAGGAGCUGGUGUCCCGCUGGAUGGCCGAGAAAGCUCAGGAAGCUAACAAGCUCAACGCCGAGAACGAGAAGGACAGCAGACGCAGACAGGCCAAACUGCAGAAGGAACUGGCCGACGCAGCCAAAGAGCCUCUGCCCAUCGACCCAGACGACGACAUCGAGGUUUUGGCGGAGGACGCAGGGAAAGGUGGUGGAGAGACAUCACCUAACAGAGCUCUCAGCAGAACGCCCAGUAAGAAGAACUCCCAGCCUCCUCCAGCCGGCCUGCUGGACUCCAUCUCCAACAUAUUUGGAGUGUCUGAGUGUGUUGAUCCUGGACUGGUCUCAGCUCCCUGCAGGCGUCGCCCUGGAAACGCUUUCAACACAUCGCCUGAAAACACUGAAGCUCCUUCAGGAGUGUGUGCUGAGGUUCGAGUCCCGUCCACGGCUCUGCACGUUUUCGAUGCCCAUGACGGCGAGGUGAAUGCCGUGCGGUUCAGCCCCGGCUCUCGUCUCUUAGCAACAGGAGGGAUGGACCGGCGGGUUAAGCUGUGGGAGGUCGUCGCCGGUCGCUGUGAGCCAAAAGGAGCUCUGACCGGCAGCAACGCUGGAAUCACCAGCAUCGAGUUCGACAGCGCUGGCUCGUACCUGCUUGCGGCCUCCAAUGACUUCGCCAGUCGGAUCUGGACCGUAGAUGACUACAGACUGAGGCAUACGUUGACAGGUCACAGUGGGAAGGUGCUGUCCGCUCGCUUCCUAUUGGACAACGCUCGAAUCGUCUCCGGGAGCUACGACCGAACGCUCAAACUCUGGGACCUGCGCAGUAAAGUCUGUAUGAAGACGGUGUUUGCCGGCUCCAGCUGUAACGACAUCGUGUGCACAGAGCAGUGUGUCAUGAGCGGACACUUUGAUAAGAAAAUUCGGUUCUGGGACAUCAGAGCGGAGAGCAUAGUCCAGGAGCUGGAGCUGCAGGGCAGGGUGACGUCUCUGGAUCUGAACCACGACCGGACUGAACUGCUCAGCUGCUCCAGAGACGACCUGCUCAAGAUCAUAGACCUGAGAACCAACGCUGUCAGACACACUUUCAGUGCUCCAGGCUUUAAGUGUGGAGCUGACUGGACCAGAGUAACUUUCAGUCCUGACGGCAGCUACGUGGCCGGAGGAUCAGCUGACGGAGCUCUCUACAUCUGGAACGUUCUGACGGGGAAAGUGGAACGAACUCUGGACCGAAACCACAACUCUGCCAUCAACUCGGUGUCCUGGUCUCCUUCAGGAGCUUACGUCGCCAGCGUGGAGAAAGGCAGCAAGGCCGUCCUCUGGUCAGACAUGUGAUUGGCCGAGACCCAAGGAGACGGAGACGGGUGGAGACAGAGACGGAGACAGACGCGCUGAGACGGGUGGAGACAGAGCAGGACAUUUGUGUGUUGGCUGAGACGGGCGGAGACAGAGGACGGAGACGGGUGGAGACAGAGCAGGACGGUUGUGUGUUGGCUGAGACGGGUGGAGACAGAGGACGGAGACGGGUGGAGACGGAGCAGGACGGUUGUGUUUUGGACGAUGAGACAUUUGAUGAACUCAGACAGAGACGAUGUUUCUGAGCGUUUUAAUUCAGAGAAGAAUCAACAUCAAGAGUUAAUAAUAAAGGCUUUAUUAACCUGC